GGUUGUACUUUUUGAUUUGGAAGAUGUGUUUUUGGUUUCAAUUCCAUUAAUCAACUAGGUUUUAUUUUUUCCUUGCUCUAAAGCUGUUUAAAAAGGAUAGGAAUGUUAAAUUGCAUCUCUUUAUGUCAUUUUUUCUUACCCGAUGAAUAAUUUAGUAGCAAGUCUUAAAUGCACUUGGGUUCGGUUCGUUUCAUCAACUGAGAUAUUUUGCUAAACCUAUUAGUGAACUUAAUACUUAAUAGUAAGUUUGAAAUUGAUAAACCACCAAGAAUAUCCCAACGCAUCACUAGGCCAAAUCAGAAGUAUAUGGACUAAGUCCUAAGCACAUGAUCUUUUAAUAAGGUCUUAGUCUUAUCUUUACUAGAGUACUAGUCUUCAGCAAGUAGUUAUCCAUGCAACUUUAUUUAUUUAUGAAAUAAUAUUUAUUUUUCUUAGUGAUCUUACGAGUAGGAAGAGUUGUUUUUGAAUCCAAACAGUUGUGGUCUAUUCUCACCCGAAGAGAACAACAUUAUAUGUACAUAUAUAUUUAUAUAAAGCUUUGACUGGGACCUAUCAGUGGUAUUAGAGUCGGGUUUCAAUGACAACCAAUAAAGAGAGAAUUGAAGCAUUAGAGGCUGCACUCGCUGGAGUCCUCACGGGAAUGCAGAGACUUGAGGAAUCGGUCAGCCGAUUAUCGGACUUCGUUCACAACAAUGCGGACAGUUCGAACAACACAGGCAGACGUGGACCAAUUCGGACACAAUGGGAAGAGAGUGAUGGCAGCCGGCAAACGUUCUCUUCAAAAAUGGCAAAGCUAGAGUUUCCAAAAUACUCUAGUGACGAUCCCACGGAAUGGUUCAAUCGGGUUGCACAGUUUUUUGAAUUUUAGGGCACAACAGACAAUUAAAAAGUUUCUCUAGCUUCUUUUCAUCUUGAAGGAGAAGCAAAUCAAUGGUGGCAAUGGCUACGACACGCGUAUGAAGAGGAAGGUCGCAUGGUGACUUGGGACACAUUUAAGGAAGAGUUGUGGGCUCGUUUUGGACCAACUGAUUGUGAAGAUUUUGAUGAAUCUCUGUCCAAAAUUCGCCAAACUGGAUCCCUUCGUGAAUACCAAAAAGAGUUUGAGAGGCUGGGUAAUUGAGUUGACGGCUGGUCACAGAAGGCACUUGUGGGAACAUUCAUGGGAGGAUUACGAUCAGAAAUUUCGGAAGCUAUUUGUAUGUUCAAACCAAAAACUUUGAAGGACGCCAUAAGCUUCGCUCGCAUGAAAGACGAACAGCUACAACGACAACAGAGGUUCUACCGCGCACCACCAUCAACUUCUCGUCCUUCGCUCAUUCCUUCCGCUACCACUAAGACUUCAGCUAUUAAGAAGCUGUCUUGGGAUGAGAUGCAAAGAAGACAUGCGCAAGGGUUGUGCUUUAACUGUGAUGACAAAUUCUCAGUGGGGCAUAAAUGCAAGGGGUCUCAACUUCUUCUAUUGGAGGGGAAUUUUGAAGAGGAAGCUGAAGAACACAAUACGGAAACCAAAUAUGACUUUCCUUUCGACCUCGAGAUCUCACUACACGCUCUAACAGGAUGGACAGCAGCAAAAACCAUGCGUGUAACAGCCAAAAUUGGAACUUAUGAGGUGAUGGUACUAAUCGAUAGCGGUUCGACACAUAAUUUCUUCAGUGACAGGUUGCUUCAUUACUGCAGCUACCUAUGAUGCCCACUAAGCCUUUUUAUGUACGCGUUGCAAAUGGACCGCCAUUAUAAUGCCAAGGGAGAUUUGACAAUGUCAACAUACUUCUACAGGGAUAAGAAGUCUCUGAAGUUGGGGUCUGAAGACAGUCUAUAUCUGGAGGGAUUUGCCUCAAACGUCUUUGCAAAAGCAGACAAGCAAGAUCGUGCUGGUCGAGCAGAUUUGGGUACUGCGAAAACAUUCUAUGCUGCAAGCAUUUUCUUUGAGAUUCUUAACCAGUUUGGUGCACUUCAGCCUGAUCUUGAGCAGAAACAGAAGUAUGCAGUUUGGAAAGCAGCUGAUAUAAGGAAAGCUUUAAAAGAAGGAAGGAAGCCUAUUGCAGGACCCCCUUCUGGUGAUGAUGAUCUGUCAAUUCCUUCAAGUACAACUGGUGGAACAUAUGAUAUCGGACCUUGUGAAGCGACACCCACUAUUCCUAGACAGGGUUCUGAUUCAUCUGAGUUGUACGAUUCCAGUAAUGACAGGCAGCAUUCUACAAUUGUUCCACCAACGGAUCAACAUUCAACUCACAUUCCACCACAAUUUCAAUAUCAUGAUAACGUUAACAACCACUAUCAUUCUACAAACACUCAACCACCACCACCACCUACACCACCACAAUUCCAUGAUGAAGUCAACAAUCAGCAUUCGGCUAACAUGCCUUCAGCUCCUCAAACUUACCCCACUGCCGGUUACCCUUCACAUGAUAUCCACCCACCACCAGCAAAUAGACCUGAUGCUUCUGAUUAUCCGCAGCUAUAUCACCAACAACCCUUUCCCCAAGAACCCCAUCAUCAUUUGCCUCACAAUUAUCCACAAGAUACUACUUCUCACCCCUAUCCUCAUUUCCAAUCUUAUCCAAGUUUUUCAGAGAGCAGUAUCCCUGCAGUGUCUUCCCACUAUGCCUCUUACUAUCAAGGCUCAGAUGCUUCUUACACUUCCCAGUCGGCUCCUCCAACAACAAGCUAUCAACCAGCUGCUCAACCCCAGUCAACUAGCCGGAAUAGUUCUUUUAAAGAACCUGCCCCUGCUCCAGCGAAGUCAUAUGAGUAUGACUGUAACUACCAGCCACCACCUGAUAAAGUUGCGGAGGCACAAAAGGCAGCCAGAUUUGCAGUUGGUGCAUUGGCAUUUGACGAUGUGUCGAUUGCUGUUGACUUCUUGAGGAAAUCACUUGAACUUUUGACGAACCCAUCAGCUGGUCAAUGAGCUUCUUUCGUUUGGUGAUAAAUCUGAUGUGUGUCAACUCUGGCUCUGUUGGUCAGGGUGGUUUGUAAAUGUCAAAAGAUAUAUACCGUGAGGUCUAUUAAAUACUGAUGCGCUUGUGACCUGUCCGAAUUAAAUUUUAUUGAUUUUUGCCACGAGUUUCAAUGAUAUUACUAUGAUAAAUGAAAGAAAAUAUUUGUUUA